UGAAACGUGGUGGCGGAUCUCACGCUAUUUCUCCGCAUGGAUAGUGCACUGACGUCUUUAGCUUUAAUUCUGGGAUUUUAGAAGUUUUGAAGGAAAUAACAUAACAUUUCCUUUCUUUGUUUUCAACACUGAUACAUUAAAAGGAAUCAGUAGGUAUGUCUGUGUUUGGAGGACUGUUGAGAAGCACGGUGACCUUCUGUCAGUCAUCACUACUGUUGUGCACGAGACACUUCACUACAGGUACUUGUUCUAGAGUACGAAUGCAUGCCAUUCCCAAACUGAAAGAGGUGGACCGAUGGACAGAAAAGAGGAGCAUGUUUGGAGUGUAUGACAACAUAGGAAUCUUGGGUGAAUUUAAAGCCCAUCCAAAAGACUUGAUCAAAGGUCCUGUAUGGCUCAAAGGUUUCCAUGGAAACGAGCUGCAGCGUCUCAUCAGAAAGAAGCGGAUGGUUGGAGACCGUAUGAUGACAGAGGACCGGCACAACCUGGAGAAGAGGAUUAGCUUCUUGUACCGCCGCUUCAACAGAUACGGCAAACACAGAUAGACUGAACGCUUCCAACAAUGACCUUUCAAUCCGUUUGAUAUGUUUCCUUCAUUUGUACUGAUGUGAAAGGAAUGAGGUGUAAGCAAUCAAUUUGUUUAUUACACUGUUAAAACAAUGUGUUGUAUUAACAUGGUCACAAAACGAUUUCCUUCAACAAAGAUUGAACACAUAUGCUGUACAAUAAAGAGGUUUACUUUUAAAA